UUUGAAGGUUAAACGUUGAGUUCACGAUUGUUUCUGAUCCUUAAUGUUGUUCAUUUCACACCGGUGAAAACAAGACUAGUCGGCAUCACAGACGUUGUUAAUAACUAUGCCAAAUACACCACAUCGAACAAGAUCUGGCCGCUGAUGGAGAAAUCACAACGCAGCUGGACCGAACGGUGUUCAUUCCAGUCUGAUACUUCAGCAUGGAAUAGCCAGCACGGCUUCUCUUGAAUCAAUCCUAUAACGUUAAUGUUAGCUGUCUACCCCUGGCAAAUAACAAAAAAGCAAGUUCCUGGUUUUCCAGCUUGAUUUCACCUCCAAUUGACCUUGUUUGUGCCUGUGUCAACUAUGGAGACAACUCAAGUGACUUUGGCAGUUAGGGGAGACACAUCCCCAGGUGAGGUGAUAGCCGUGGUUGGUAGCUGUGAAGCUUUAGGAGCCUGGUGCUAUCAGAGAGCUGUGACCCUACAACCUGCUGAACACGAUGGCACAUUGUGGAAGAGGAUCAUCAGUGUGCCCAGAGGUGCUGUGUCAACCUAUCGCUAUUUCAAAGGCCACUUCCUGGAGUCAAAGAGUGCAGGUGGUCCCUGUCAGGUGAUAGUCACUAAGUGGGAGACCCACCAGCAGCCACGCCUGAUGAGCCCCACAGAAUCACACCUUGAUAUUGACAAUGGCCAAUUUGGAUUCCACAAUGGCUUAGAGUGUGUGGACUCUGGGUGGCUGACGUGCCAGACAGAGAUCCGUUUGCGUCUGCACUACUCAAAGACGUCUCCUGUAUCCAUCACCAAGAAGAAAUAUAAGAAGUCUCGCUUCAGGAUUAAGCUGACGCUGGAAGGUGUAGAGGAGGAGGAGGAUGAUGAAGAGCAGGAGCAGAGCGCUGUGGCGUGGCACAAGAUGACCACCACGCUGGAGACCAGUAUGAUCAGUGGAGAUGGGUACAAGUCCCGCCACUCCCAGCCUGAGUGUGGUUAUGCCCUGGAGGCCUCACAGUGGACAGAGUACAUCAUCCACUCCAUGGACCCUGACAACCUGGAACUCACCUUUGACUUCUUUGAGGAGGACAUGGGUGAGCAUGUGGUGCCAGGGGAUGCCCACCCGGGGACCGUGGGUACGGCCUGCCUUCUCUCCUCAUUCUUUGUGGAGAGUGGCAAGGACACGGGUGUGGUCACUCUGCCCAUCAUGAAACGCAACUCCAGACAGACCCUGGGCAAAGUCCGAGUGGACUACCUGGUGAUCCGUCCUAUCGAGGGACUGCAGUGUGACAUGAGCUCGUCCUUCACCAAGUACUGGAGGAAGAGGAGUGCCCCCCUGGACGUGGGCCACAGAGGGGCCGGCAGCACACACGCAGCCAAACAUACCAAAGUUAGGGAGAACACAAUUGCCUCGUUUAAAAGUGCUGCCAAUCAUGGGGCUGCCUAUGUAGAGUUUGACGUCCAUCUCUCCAAGGACUGCAUCCCCAUCGUGUACCACGAUCUCACCUGCUGCAUCUCCACUAAGAAGAAAGGAGACAAACUCUCUCUGGACCUGUUUGAAGUUCCUGUCAAAGACCUCACAUACGACCAGCUUCAGCAGCUCAAGUUGGGCCAUGCUUCUGCCUUGAAGGUGAACGACCACAAAGAUGAUGAUGAAGAGGAAGAGGUUGACGAGCAUCAGCCCUUCCCUUCCUUUUCCCAGAUAUUCCAAGCAGUGCCUGAAAAUGUGGGCUUCAACAUCGAGCUGAAGUGGGUUUGUCAGAUGAAGGAUGGUUCGUGGGAAGGAAACCUGUCCUCGUACUUCAACAUGAACCUGUUCCUGGACAUCAUACUGACCUGUGUGCUGCAGAGAGCUGGCAAGAGACGCAUCGUCUUCUCCUGCUUCGACCCUGACGUCUGCACUAUGGUUCGUCAGAAGCAGAACAAGUACCCCAUCCUGUUCCUGACCCAGGGCAUCUCUGAGAUCUACCCGGAGCUCAUGGACAUCCGCUGUCGCACCACACAGAUCGCCAUGAGCUUCGCACAGAGCGAAAACCUCCUGGGUAUUAGUGCCCACACUGAGGAGCUCCUUCAGAAUCUGGAGCACAUCCGAGAGGCCCAGUCUAAAGGCCUGGUAGUGUUCUGCUGGGGAGACCUCAACAACGACCACGACAACAGGACCAAGCUACGGGAACAGGGAAUUGACGGACUCAUCUACGACAGGAUCUGUGACGACCAGGUCGAGCAGCCUAACAUCUUCAAAGUAGAGGAGCAACACACUCUGCAGGAAACGCUCAAGAGCUUUGUGUGUUCCUGCUACACCAUCCCCUGCCAGGCGGCUCCUGUCUGCCCCUCCUCCACCUCCAAGGAGCACAACGGCAGUGCAGAGUCUGACUCGGGCCUCAGCUCCUCCUGAACAACUCACUGCCCCCUAAGUUUGUCACUAGAUAGGACAGAAGCAUAAAUGCAUAUAGACAGAAUUGAUGAGUAAGUGUACACUACUUGUUUUUAAUUAAGUGUCAGAGUGUUACAUAGGAGCUACACUAGGGAAGAGGGAAAAUGAUUAUUAUUUUUCAACCCGUUGUACUGGAAGUGUAACUUUUUGCCUGCAUGAGCAGAGCGCAAGCCACUUUAUCCUAAUGUUCACAGGUGUGAGCUGCUUGUCAAUUUUUUAACUUUGAGCAGUGCAAGCCUCUCGCAAAGCUACCGCGCUUACGCCUGGUUUCAUUGAAGUGAAUUGGAGCGAAUCACACUCUAAAAAAGUUGCGCGUCCGGUGUAGCUCCUAUGCUAUGGGUGUGAUGGUAAUCACAAUGGUGGUUUACAAAACACUUCUAUCCUGUCUAGCACUUCUAUCCUGUCUGACCAGAAAGUGACAACCCUUACUGAACUGACCUCCACUCGGUCCACGGAAGCCAUACACAAGCUGUGUCCAGAUCAGUUGUCUCUUAGCUGUUUGUUUUAACUGGAAAAAGGAUGGUGUUUUGCCAGAAAAGGCUUCUGGCAUUUGUUAUUUGGAUUUUAGUUCUACACAAUUGAAUGACUGUGGGAUCUGCACCUCAGUCACAAUAAUAAUGGAAUUCCCUGUACAUUCACAGGUCUUCACUUACAAAUUAAUGCCUACUCAAGGAAUUUAUUUUCAAGUGCAUCUUUUAUUGAGAAAAUUUGCUAAAUACAAAUCAAACUAAAGUGCUGAAAUGAACUGUAUAUUAGCUUUUCCAGAUAUAAAGUUUCUUAUUGGAGUAUCAUAGGUCUAAUUUAAGCAUAUGCUGUAGUUUGAAGUCUUUAGGCGGAUAAUGAUUUCCAUCUGCGUUAUGAUUUUCCUCAUGAUAUAGCCAACAUUUUACAAUAGCAGUGUUAUUUUUGUCACUCAUAUAAUUUUGACGGAGUAUUGCAGUAGAACAAGAUCAUUUGGGACAGUGACCAAAACUUUCUCAGGUGGUUUUAAAUUUAAAUGUCCAUUUGAACUUAAACUCAUGCAAUCUGAUUUGUAUUAGGAGUGCCCUGAGCUGUGCCAUUAAUGAAGUGUCAUUACCUGAUGCCCAGAUUAUGAAGUGUUGCUGGGGGUGCCUAAAUCUGAACAGAUUAAUAAUAUCACUUUAAUGACCUGUUGAAUGACCAGUAGAAAAACUGUUUGUUUUUGCUCUCAACACCACCUUGAAUCUGUGUGAGCUCAAAAGUCACCAUUAGGGAAAGGUAUACACUCCUACGUAUUUAUUUGUACAGUGAAACUAAAAUGUUUUGUUUUGUACUCAAGCAUUUUGGAUUUCAGAUAAAAUGUUUGAGGCGACCGUUACACAUCUGUAACUUUCUCACUCGUCAUUAUUCACCAUUCAUUUGUGAUUAUCCACAAAGUGUGGUAGCAUCCACAUUUAAUAUAGAAGUGUUCAGAAACCUGUUCUAUUCUUAUUAACAAUACAUUUAAAAAAAGUAGAGGCAGUGAAUUCAUUUCUAAAUGGUAAAACAUAUGUAUUUGUCGCCUCAUUUUAAAACAUUUGAUCCCAAAUACUGGAGUACAGAGACAAAUUCAAAGUUUUGGCUUCAUGUCCAAAUAGGUAGCCCUUUGUUAUGGCUAGGUCUAGUCCACACACCUUCAUCCCUAUCUCCUUUGAUGAGAAGGGUUUUCUUAGUAGCUGUGUUUGCUCAACACAUAAUAUAUGCCAUUUAGCAGAUUUUUUUUUGUUCUUCCCCCAAAGCGACUUAGUCAUGCAUGCAUACAUUUAUGUGAGUGGUCCCGGGAAUCAAACCCACUAUCCCGACGUUGCAAGCGCCAUGCUCUACCAACUGAACUACAGAGGACCACAUCAGAAAGCCUUAAUGGGGGAGUUGUAUGAUUUCACUCGUCUGACUGCCACUUGUUUCAGUCUCUUCAUACCUCUGAUCAUUUAAUGCAAUAGAAGACCAAUAUUUGUCUUGCCUCCACUGAACAAGUGUUUUUUUCUCUUGCACAGUUUUCUUGCUACAUUGCAACUCACAUUUUUCCUACCGUCUGUGUUUUGUUCUACAAUCUUUUAUUUAAAAUGCACAUGGAAGACAUGUAACUGUCUAUUUUUCCUAAACGGUGUAAACAUUUCACUUGAACACAGAGAACCAAGCACAGCUUGCAUUGUUGUAGAAAUGUAUAGUCUGUCUGCUCGUUUGUCUGUUUUUAAGUUCUGAAAGUAUCUUAAUGUUUGACACUUCUACUGUAUGUAUGGCCCACUGUUAGUCAUAAUGCAUGCCUCUCAGACAGAGUGCUAUGGUGGACUGGGUGACACGAGUUGAUUGUAUCAACUGUCUCUCGUUCAUGUCACACCCCUGUUACUCUGUCUGGACAAUACAAUGCUAGCUAAAUGAAAUGAAAAAUUAAUAAAAUUAUUUAGAAAUGUA